AUGAGGCACGCACAAGCGGUGUCGCGCAUUCUGCAUCUUGUGACUCCCGAGUAUUUUCACCGUCUUUGCUACUUGAUUGCUCGAGCUCGGCUGCUGGUCGCUGAUAGGUGCUUAGAACUUUAUCCCGGCGACAUAUCAUCAGCAAGUCCGAUCCCGACAGGUCACAUACCAAGGCCAACUCUGUCACCUGCAUUUCAGAGUUUCGAAUGUAUAAUGGCUGAUGAGCUGCAGACAUCUAUCAUUUACACUCUGCAGCAUCUGCAUGCAAACCACGUUGAUCAGCUUCCGCUUGGGCUGAUGAUGGUAAGUACCCGUCACAGCGGACUUUACACUUUCCCUAUUUCUCGCUGUUCAAAUCUAUGUGAUCCGUUUCCAGGCUCUCUCAUAAUGCAAGGUACACAGAAACAAACACAUGAGCGUCCAUAUCAUGCAUCCAAGGGUCCCACUGAUCUGGCCAUCAUUAGCAGACCCAGAUACAGAACGUCGAAAUAA